AUGGAUUAUAUAAAAUUAACUUUUGAUAAGCUGUUGAUAGAUGAUAUUAGUGAUUUAGUAGUCCACGAUAGCUGUGGUGCCGUGUCUAUUUUUGUUGGAACAACUAGAGAUAAUUUUGAAGGGAAAAAGGUAAUAAGACUUGAAUAUGAAGCAUAUGAACCUAUGGCCCUAAAAGCUAUGAAGAGUAUUUGUGAUGAAGUGAGAAACAGGUGGCCAUCUGUAUAUGGCAUAGCCAUUUAUCAUAGACUUGGUGCUGUACCAUGCAAAGAAGCAUCUGUAGUUAUAGCAGUAAGCAGUCCUCAUAGAAGAGAUUCAUUGGAUGCAGUAAGCCACUGCAUAGACAGUUUAAAAGCGAAUGUGCCAAUUUGGAAAAAAGAGAUCUAUGAAGACAGCGAGCCUGUCUGGAAGGAGAAUGUGGAAUGUCGUGACAUAAAAAAGGAACCUUCGUUCACUCGAAGUACUGUUGACAAAAACUUAAUUCAAAUAAAUGUCUCUAACGAAGAGAUUCAGAAACGUAUACAGAAUUUUAUUGAGAGAAAACGUGCACAAGUGAAUUUGAGUAAUAUUCACGAUUUUAUUCCGAACAUUGGUGAGAGUGAGAAGGAAGAUACGGAGACGUGCGCUAGAGUGAGAACUCAGUUUGUGAAGAGAAGUGACUCAAAAGGACAUUUAAAGGUAUGCCGGGUAUACAACGAAUGGGGCCCACAAACAGUGCACCACGAGCCUCAAACGGACGAGCCAGUAGACACGAAGCUACCGCAUUCAAUAGCUGAACGAGUCAACGUUAUCGAAUCUUAUCUCAGCACCACUCCAGUUUCAUCAGAUAUCUACAAACGACUGAAAGAGAUGGAAGAUAAGAUAGCUUUUCUGGAAUCAGUUUCGCCUGAGUACUCGCAAUUUUGGAAAAGAAACAAGCACUGCAACGACAUAAAGCAAGAAUUAGCAGAGUAUACAAUAACCGCUGAAGAUAUUGAUAGAAAAAUUGAAUUAUUAGAAAUGCAACAGAACCAUAUAUAA